UCCUUUUCUCUUCUCGCACUCGAUGACGUGGGUGGCGGAUUCCCAUCCCCGGCUCUGCGUUCUGUUGUCCUCGUGCCUUACGACGCGCGCGGUGGGCCCACUCGUUUCUAUCUCUGGACUCGCUCUCUUGGCUUCUCGCCUCUCCGACCGAUCCGGCCAACUUCACUCGCGUCUGCCGCCAGUGCGUCGAGAUUCAUUCGAGAGGAGGAAGACGACGUCGGACUUCUUCGCUUCUCUCCGCCCCGCUCGCGUCGUCGAUCGAUCGAUCGAUCGAACGAGGGCUCUCAGGUCUACUGCGCUUUCAGUGAAGAGGCGGCUGCGGCUUCGUUUUCGUUUUCGUUUCUUUUUGUUCGGGAUGGCGUUCGUUCUGGCCGGGACACGUUUCCCCACACUCCGCAUCUCGCGGCUGUCUGCGGGAUCCGGAUUGGGGGGCCAGCGGAGGGGCAGCAGUGUCCGCCUCGAUUGCGUCUGUAGGAAACCGACCAUGAAGGCGCGGGCAUCUGGUAGCUCUCAUGAUAUUGACCUUGUAUCUUCAACGGGCAAUGUGCUAGUUCCAGGUGCUGAAAAUGAUGAUUUGUCUUCCACUGACACAUCUUCAAACAUAGAGACUAUAUCUAGUGGUCUACAGUUUUUACCUGAAACAGCUGAUCUUAUAAGUGAGGAGAAGGUUGACCCUGAAGCAGAGCAGACAACAGUUGCUUCUCAAAUCAUUAGUGAAAAGACUAAAGAGGAAGGAAAUGUUGAGGUUGAAGGAAAGCCAAGAUCCAUUCCUCCACCUGGUUCUGGAAAAAGGAUCUAUGAAAUUGAUCCAAAAUUAAAGGGUUUCAGAGGACAUCUUGAUCACCGAUAUAGCGAGUACAAGAAAAUGCGCGAGAUUAUUGACCAACAUGAAGGUGGUCUCGAUAAGUUUUCCCGUGGCUAUGAAAAAUUUGGCUUUCAACGCAGUGCUAAUGGCAUCACUUACCGGGAAUGGGCUCCUGGAGCAAAGUGGGCAACACUCAUAGGUGACUUCAAUAAUUGGAACCCCCAAGCAGAUGUCAUGACCAAGAAUGAAUUUGGCGUUUGGGAGGUCUUUCUACCUAACAAUGCAGAUGGCUCUCCACCUAUUCCACAUGCCUCACGGGUAAAGAUACGCAUGGAUACGCCCUCGGGCAUCAAGGAUUCGAUUCCUGCUUGGAUCAAGUUUUCUGUACAGGCCCCAAAUGAAAUUCCUUAUAAUGGAAUAUACUAUGAUCCACCUGAUGAGGAAAAAUAUGUAUUCGAACAUCCUCAACCAAAUGCCCCAAAGUCCUUGCGUAUUUAUGAAUCACAUGUUGGAAUGAGUAGUCCGGAGCCCAAGAUUAACACAUAUGUUAACUUUAGGGACAAUGUGUUGCCACGAAUCAAAAGGCUUGGUUAUAAUGCUGUUCAGAUAAUGGCCAUUCAAGAGCACUCAUAUUAUGCAAGCUUUGGGUAUCAUGUUACUAACUUUUUUGCACCUAGUAGCCGAUUUGGAACCCCAGAUGAGUUGAAGUCUUUGAUUGAUAGAGCUCAUGAGCUAGGUCUUAUUGUUCUUAUGGAUAUUGUUCACAGCCAUGCAUCCAACAAUGUACUUGAUGGGCUUAAUCAGUUCGAUGGUACUGAUUCACAUUAUUUCCAUUCUGGCUCACUGGGCUAUCAUUGGAUUUGGGAUUCCCGUCUUUUCAACUAUGGAAAUUGGGAAGUUUUAAGAUUUCUCUUAUCCAAUGCAAGAUGGUGGUUGGAGGAAUACAAGUUUGAUGGGUUUAGAUUUGAUGGUGUAACCUCAAUGAUGUACACUCACCAUGGACUUGCGGUGGGAUUUACUGGAAACUUAAAUGAAUACUUUGGAUAUGCUACUGAUGUGAAUGCAAUGGUCUACCUGAUGUUGGUAAAUGAUAUGAUCCAUGGACUUUUCCCAAAGGCUGUUACUAUUGGAGAAGAUGUUAGUGGAAUGCCUACUUUCUGCAUACCUGUACAAGAUGGUGGUGUAGGAUUUGAUUAUCGUCUUCAUAUGGCUAUUCCAGAUAAAUGGAUUGAAUUUAUGAAGUUAAAGGAUGAAGACUGGAAGAUAGGGAACAUUGUUGACACUCUCACUAACAGGAGGUGGCUAGAGAAAUGUGUGGCUUAUGCUGAAAGCCACGACCAAGCUCUUGUUGGUGAUAAGACACUUGCAUUCUGGCUAAUGGACAAGGAUAUGUAUGACUUUAUGGCACUGGAUAGGCCAUCAACGCCAAGGAUUGAUCGUGGAAUAGCUCUACACAAAAUGAUUAGACUACUCACAAUGAGUUUAGGUGGUGAAGGAUAUCUGAACUUCAUGGGAAAUGAGUUUGGGCAUCCUGAAUGGAUUGAUUUUCCUAGAGGUGAUCAACAUCUUCCAAAUGGGGUGAUAGUGCCAGGGAACAAUAAUAGUUUUGACAAAUGUCGUCGUAUGUUUGAUCUAGGUGAUGCAGAUUAUCUCAGGUAUCGUGGAAUGCAAGAAUUUGAUCAAGCAAUGCAACAUCUUGAGGAGGAAUAUGAGUUCAUGACAUCAGAGCACCAAUAUAUUUCGCGAAAAAAUGAGGGAGAUAAGAUGCUUGUCUUUGAACGAGGAGACUUGGUAUUUGUUUUCAAUUUUCAUUGGGCCAAUAGCUAUUUUGACUACCGCAUUGGUUGCUUAAAACCUGGAAAAUACAAGGUAGUUUUGGAUUCUGAUGAUAAGCUAUUUGGUGGAUUCAACAGAAUUGAUCAUACAGCAGAAUACUUUACUAAUGAAGGUAUUUACGACAACAGGCGUUGCUCGCUCUCAGUAUAUGCACCAAGUAGAACUGCAGUUGUUUAUGCUCUUGCCGACUGAUGGAAGAGUGCCAUGAAAUGCUAUUACUUCCCUAAGACUAAAAUUUGCUUCAGUUAUAAAGACCAUACUGGCAAUGGGGAAAAGGCAGUGCAACCUAUCCUUCGUUAUUUGCAUCUCCUUUUACAGCUAAAAGGGCAUGCUAUGUUUGAUGAUAUAGAAUCCAUCCGUAUCCAUGCAUAUCCUCUGUGUUCUCAAUGGUCAUCAUAGCUAGUUGCUUGUAUUGGCAUCCAUUUUAGACUUUUCUCCUUUAUUGCAUGUAAAAAAGAACCACUAAACUAAAACGAGUACAAGAUUUUAGCGAUUAUCAUUA